GCCGGUGUCCCGUUCGGAUGGGGAUGCCCGGGCCGGGGCGGUCGGGGGCCGUGUCUGGCCCCGGGCCGAACGCUGACGGCCGCGUGUCGCCCGCAGGGAAGGCGCAGGAGGCCCUGCAGGAGCGGUACCGGCUGGGUUCGCUGCUGGGCAGCGGCGGCUUCGGCAGCGUCUUCUCGGGCACGCGGCUCGCGGACGGCGCCUCGGUGGCCAUCAAAUGCGUGCCGCGGGACCGCGUCCGGCACUGGGGCGAGCUGCCCGACGGCACCCGUGCGCCCCUGGAGAUCGUGCUGCUGGACAAGGUGUCCACUGGGUUCCGUGGUGUCAUCCGGCUCCUGGAGUGGGUUGAGCUGCCCAGCAGCUUCUUGCUGGUGCUGGAGUGUCCGGAGCGGUGUCAGGACCUGUCGGGUUUGCUGGCGGAGCGGAGGUUCGUGCCCGAGGAGGAGGCGCGGGGGCUGUUCGGCCAGGUGCUGGAGGCCGUGCGGCACUGCACCAGCUGCGGGGUCCUGCACCGGGACAUCAAGCCCGAGAACAUCCUGCUCGACCUGGCCACCGGGCAGCUGAAACUGAUCGACUUUGGCUGCGGCACCUUCCUCCAGGACACAGCCUACACCCAAUUUGCAGGAACCCUGUUGUACAGCCCACCCGAGUGGAUCCACCACCAACGCUACCACGGCAAGGCAGCGACGAUCUGGUCCCUGGGCCUCCUGCUGUACCACCUGGUGGUGGGGAAGCACCCGUUCAGGAGGGGCCAGGAGAUCAUCUGGGGGCAGAUCCUGUUCCCACGACGGCUGUCUCCAGAGUGCCAGGAUGUUCUUAAGAGGUCCUUGUCCAUGCAGCCCUUGUCCAGGCCGUCCUUGGAAGAGCUCUUCAGUGAGCCUUGGCUGCAGGGUGUUCAUGUGCCCUAGAGGAUGGCAGAGCCCCACGGGCACAGUGUGAUCCAGGGGCCUGGCAGGGAAGGAGAAGGAGCCCCUGGAGAAGCUGUAGCAGGUGGGGCUGCUGCUGCUGGAGCCACCAAGGACGAGCUCAAGGACCACAACCUCUUCCUGGAGCUGGCCAGUGGCAGCUGAAGAUGAUGGCCUUUGAUUCUGGCACCUUCUCCAAAGACACGCUCCACGGCCAGUGUGCAGGUGAGUCCAGAGGCAGGGGGAUGCUGCCAGAGCUGGGCAUGGCACGGCCUGGCCGGGCACCAAAGGUUGCCCCUUUGCUGGGGCG